AUGUCCUGCGACUCCUCCAGCGCCGCAAAAUGUCCCGUCGACCACUCCUCCCUCCCUUCUUCCCUGGAUAAAUGCCCCGUUGACCACAACACUCGUUCCUCCUGGUCGUCCAUCCUCGCCCCGCACGCUACCCCGCCGACCCACUCAAAUGGCGCACCCGCUGCUCUGCCGGUCGACCGCGAAAUUUCCUCUAUUCCCAAAGUCGAAGGCGGAAACUGGGUAUAUCCCUCCCAAGCGCAGUUCUACGCCGCUAUGGCCCGUAAAAAUCACGACCCCCAGGCCACGGACAUGAAGGUCGUAGUGCCUAUCCACAACGCCGUCAACGAGCGCGCAUGGGCGGAGGUCAUGAAGUGGGAGACCGGUCAGGGAGGUGUCAAGUGUGGGGGAGUGAAACUGGUCAGCUUCAAGGGAAGGCCAAACGACAGAUCUCCGAAAGCUCGCCUGAAGAGCCUCCUGGGGUAUUCCCCUCCGUUUGACCGCCAUGAUUGGAUUGUCGAUCGCUGCGGGACCCGGAUGCGUUAUGUUAUCGACUUCUACACCGGCCAUGCACCAGGUUCUGCAAACAACCUGUCGUUCUAUCUAGACGCUCGGCCCGCCCUCGACAACUGGGAUGGCGUUAGGAUGAGGAUGGAGCGGUUUUGGGGACGUUGGGUUGGCAAGCUCUGGAGCAGUUCCGUUCCCCCCGAACCCGCUCAUCCGCGUUCAUGA